AACAUUGAGUGGUUGAUGCAGUAAUGUUUCCGCUAUAUUUUCUGAAACACGUGGAUUGUUUGUAACCGAAGUUAACACGUGUGUUUAUUACAGAUUUCAGUUUCUCUUUCGAUCCUUUUGCAAAGAUGUCAGCGAUUAACUCGAAAAAAAAAUCUUACUCUUUUGUUAAUCAAGAUAAAAAUGAUUUUCAACCAUCUGAAGCAGUAACACUAAAAAAGGAACUUGGACUUAUAGAUGGUGUGGGUAUAAUUAUAGGAGUAAUUGUCGGAUCAGGAAUAUUUGUCUCACCUAAGGGAGUUCUUAUACAUGCUGGCUCAGUUGGUUUAUCUUUAAUUGUAUGGUUCCUAUGUGGAUUUUUAUCAAUGUGUGGGGCUGCUUGCUAUGCUGAAUUAGGAACUUCUAUCCCAAAAUCUGGAGGAGAAUUUGCGUAUUUAAGUGCUACUUUUGGUCCAUUAUUGGCUUUUCUGUAUCUGUGGGUAGCGCUGCUUAUAAUCAUGCCAACAGGAAAUGCCAUUAUAGCUUUGACAUUUGCUGAAUAUAUUCUACAACCUAUGUAUACAAACUGUCAGGCACCAGAUCUCGCAGUGAAAUUGUUAGCGGUGGCAGUGAUACGUUUUAUGAAUAUUCGCGCCAUUUCAUAUAAGGCACAAGGCAGUGAGAGAUGGCUUCAACGUCUACUCAGCAGAAAAAGAGAAAAAAUGAGGUUGUGAAUUGGAAAGACAAGAAGGAUAUACGUUUGAUGAGUACAGUGCAUAAUAACUCGAUGAUUGAUGUUGGAACACAUCAAUCAUCCAACUAAGCAUACACUAUUAUGAUCUUGCCAAAAAUUGCGUUAAAGCAAACAUACUGUAAACAACCCUGCAAUAAAAAUCUGUAGUUACGAUUUUAA